GGGAUAUUGGCAGAAAGUUGAUAAAGAAAGAGCUUUCUUCGUUGCCCUUCAUGAAUGGAGGACGCCGAAGAAAAGAUAAAUGGUUCAGUUAUAUCCUCAGCAAUCCAUGGAAGUGGAUACCCUGUCAGCUGAGAAGUCACUUCAAAAUGACGCUAAAAGCAUACAAGAGUGCAUGAACAUUAAACCCAUUGCGACAAUAUCAGAACCAUCAAAUGCACUAGCAGGCAACGAUACUUCAGAAAAUAAGCCUCCUCAAGUAAUAGCUGGAAAUCCUGUUGGGUUACCGUCAUUCGUCGCUGAAAUAAAAACCGAGAGCGAAGGGAAGCCCACCACUCCCUUGAUUCAGAAACCGAAGAUGCCGCCCAAACGGGAGAAGAAAGGACGCAACACAAAUCAAUUGCAAUUUUUGCUCAAAACAGUCCUGAGACAGAUUCUGAAACAUCAGUAUGGUUGGCCCUUUGCUAAGCCCGUCGAUGCUGUUAAACUCAGAAUUCCAGAUUAUUAUGAAAUCAUUACAUCACCUAUGGAUUUGGGAACAAUAAAGAAAAAGCUGGAGCACCAGGAUUAUAUGUGUGCAGCUGACUGCAUCAAGGACUUUCGUCUUAUAUUUACCAAUUGCUACAGAUACAACAAACCUGGAGAAGAUGUUGUCGUCAUGGCAGAGUCAUUGGAAAAGUUUUUCAAUGAAAAACUAGCAAUGAUGCCUCCAGAAGAGUAUGAGAUUGUUGGAAAAGGGAAGGGUGUUCUAAAAAAGGCAGCAGUUAGUUCUACUGGUGAGCCACCUAGUAAACGAGGAAAGAAAAUUGAGCCUACAAAACCUAGAUCUCUACCAGCAGAUACUACACAACCUUCUCUAACUUCUCCUUCACAGACUUCAAUAGUUCCAGUAGCAUCACCUGUUGCAUUAGAACAACCAUCAAUUGUUACCAGCCCACAUUCAAAUGUCACCUCUACUGUUCCUUCAACACCUGAUAUUCUUCCAAAGUUACCUACUAGAAUGGUGAAAUCAGGUGUUAAGCGUAAGAAGGCUGACACUACAACUCCUGGGACAGCAAUAUUGUCAACAAUGGAUGUCACUCCGGGUGUACCAGCGAAAAUACCAUUACGACGAGAAUCUUCAAGUAGAACCAUAAAAAAGCCUAUUAGAGAACUGCCCGGGGAACAGGAGAUUGCGCCUACACCAGGGAAGAAAAAAACCAAGUUGACUGAGCAACUCAAAUAUUGUAACACACUUAUCAAAGAGAUGUUUUCCAAAAAACAUGAAGGAUAUGCAUGGCCGUUUUAUAAACCAGUACCUGCAGAAAAUCUUGGUCUACAUGAUUACUUUGACAUUAUAAAACGCCCAAUGGAUUUAUCUACUGUUAAAAAUAAAAUGGAAGCACGUGAAUAUGCCAAUCCCACAGCUUUUGCAACUGAUGUAAGACUAAUAUUUACAAACUGUUAUAAAUACAAUCCACCUGACCAUGAUGUUGUCAAAAUGGCCAGAAAAUUACAGGACUUAUUUGAGGUUAAAUUUGCAAAAAUGCCAGAUGAACCUGAAAUGCAGGAGCCUUCAACUCCAACUGCAACUUCUACAACUACUACUAUAAAUACUAAAUCCAGAUCAGCGAGGCAAGUUAUGAAGUCUGAUUCUGAAGAAGAAUCAGACGAGGAUGACUCAAGUGAAGAAUCUGAAGACAGCGAGGCUGAACGUAAACGUAAAUUAGCACAGUUAGAAGCACAACUUAUAUCUGUACAUGAACAACUUUCUGAAUUAACUAAAGUGGAAAAAGAUAGAAAAGCUGAGCGUGGUGUUAAGAAGAAAAAAAAGGAUAGAAAAGAUAAAAAAAUAAGUAAAGAGAAAUCAACUGUCAGUAAAAAGGAGAAGAGUAUUAAUCUCUUAAAAACUGUUGAGAGAGAAAAAAGUAAAAAAAAAGAGAAAACAGAGAAGAAAAAAGGAAUUGUAGAAACAUCUCAAGAUUCUCCCAUUAAAGUUUUACCAAAGGCAGACAAGAAAAAAGCUGAUUUGAAGUCCACUAUGUCUACACAGAGUUUAAAAAAGAAGUCAGCUUCAGAGCGAUCAAAGAAAAGCAAAAUUGCUGCCAAAAAGGGAGAACUUCCUGAUGAUAGUGAUGAUGAUGAUAAUGUGAAAGCCAUGACAUAUGAUGAAAAGAGACAACUUAGCUUGGAUAUAAACAAACUGCCAGGGGAUAAGCUUGGUAAAGUUGUUCAUAUUAUACAGACAAAAGAGCCGAGUUUGAAAGGCAACAACCCUGACGAAAUCGAGAUUGAUUUCGAGACAUUAAAACCAGCCACUCUUCGUGAAUUAGAAAAGUAUGUGAAUUCCUGUGUUAAGAAAAAGAAAACACCAAUCAAGAAGCCUAAGUCAGCUGAAGAUAGGGAGGCGAUGCAGGCAAAAAAGAAAGAAGAACUUGAGAAAAGACUGCAGGAUGUUUCUGGAAAGCUACAAGCAGUAGCACCAAAGAAAUCCAAAAAGUCAUCUAAAAAAGAUUUACCAGCAGGAUCAGAACCGAAAACGUCGCGUCUGUCAGAAAGUAGUACCACGAGUGGUAGCUCAAGUAGUUCCAGUUCUGGAUCAAGCAGUGGGUCGAGUUCUGACAGCAGUUCUGACUCUGAGAAAGAAGAUGGUCAAAAACCGAAGAAAACAAACAAAGAAGAGAAGCCUAAGCAAGACGUUCGCAACAGCAUUGGCUUGUUAGCUGCUCCCGAUAAGAAACCAGUUUCGUUGUCAUCGAUUGUUGCCAGUGCAAAAACUCAAGUUGCUGCGACAAGCAACUCUUCGGUGAAUGUUGAACGGCCAUCACCACAACAAGCACCAAGUCUUCAGACUGCACCCACUGUUAAAACUAUGCCAAGUCAGCUGUCGCAACCGCCAACCAUUUCGGCUAAUCCUGCGACCCAAUUAAAACCAGCUUCAAAACUCCCUCCGUUAAAAAUGCCAACCUUGGUUGCAGCACCUACUUCCGCAACAAAAGUGUUAAGUGCACCAACGCCAAGUUCCACGCCGGUCAGUCUUUUUACUAGAACGAUAAGCUCAACUGCUACUACGGUAACAACGCCAGGUUCAUUAUUAAGUGGUUUGAAGGCAUCGUCAAAAUCUUCAGAAGCCACUAUUAAGACACCACUCUCGGCAGCAUCCCCAGCUAGUAUAAUUGGAAAAGAUAAGAUUUCUUUUGGAAUGGUAGAUGAAAGUAUCUUGUCAAAAAGUCUUCCAAAUCAAAAAAGUGAUGCAUACUCAAAACCGGUUGCAUCUCCAGCUGAGAAUAGUCUCAAGAAAGAGAAUCCAUUAAAACAUGUAACUUCAUGGGGAAACAAACCAGUCGCUUCACCAAAACCUCCAACUAAAGUAGACCCUACUAGCAAAACUGCCAAUUUCGAACAAUUUCAAAAAAUGGCGAAAGAGAAAGAGGAAAAGGAACGAGCAGUUAAACAAGCUGAAGAGCAAGCUCGCCGACAAAAGGAGCGCGAAGAAUCAGAUCGCUUGAGACUGAUCGACGAACGAAAACGUGAAAAGGAGGAAGAAGAAGCACUAGAGCAUGCGCGACAACAGCAGGAAGAAGUCGAACGAAAAAAAAGGGAAUUAGAAAGAAGAAAAGAACAAGAAAGGCGAAAGCGACAAGCUUUGGCUGGUACUAUCGAUAUGACGUCACAGAGCGAUAUUAUGGGUGAUUUUGAAGCUAACCUUUAGACGUUUCACUUUUUGCACCGCUGCCGACGAGUCAUUUAAAUAUCACUUCGGAUUGCUUAGUUACGUUGAACUUUUUCUGAGUUUGAUUCUAUACAAUACAUUUGAUGCUAAUUAAAUUUUAAGUUUGUACAUAUAUAUGUAUAUAUUAAAAAUACAAAAACUGAUCUCAGUUUGAA